AUGGCCUGCUGCUCCACCAGCUUCUGCGGAUUCCCCAGCUGCUCCACCAGUGGAAACUGUGGCGCCAGCUGCUGCCGGCCCAACUGCUGCCAGACCGGCUGCUGCCAGCCCAGCUGUGGCCAGGAUAGCUGCUGCCAGCCCAGCUGCUGCCAGCCCAGCUGCUGCCAGUCCAGCUGCUGCCAGCCCAGCUGCUGUGGAACCGGCUGUGGCUCUGGGAGUGGAAUCGGGGGUGGCCAAGAGGGUGGCUGCGGAGCCGUGAGCUGCCGCAUCAGGUGGUGCCGCCCUGACUGCCGCGUGGAGGGCACCUGCCUGCCCCCCUGCUGCGUGGUGAGCGGCACACCCCCGACCUGCUGCCAGCUGCACCACGCCCAGGCCUCCUGCUGCCGCCCAUCCUACUGUGGACAGUCCUGCUGCCGCCCAGCCUGCUGCUGCUACUGCUGCCCACCCACCUGCUGUGAGCCCACCUGCUAA